CUCCACCCGUACAAUAAUCCGCGUCAGCAUAUUUCUUUGACACGUAGCUACACAAUAGAGUUGUUUCUUAAUUCGUUUCGAGAAUUUCUGUUUGUUUUACAGUUUUCUUCUUGAAUUUAGGCACCUUGCAGCUCCCUGUCCAGUCUGCCACGACACUGACAGAUUCCUGGGCUGGACCGCCUUUGAUAAGCAUCCUAUGGUAUUUUGUUCAAGAUGGCGGUGGCGAGCAUGGAAAAGGACGCGAUAAACACCGAAGAUGAUGUUCACCUUACUAAUUCGUUUGGAGAUUCUGGGCUUAUCUCCCCUGAUAAAGAAGACAUCUCUCGUAUUCUGACAGUUCCUUUCAGUGGACGGAUCAGAGGUGGGAUGAGGCCUGGGAAGAAAAUCAUAAUAAUGGGCAUCAUUGAUCCAGAGCCAGACAGCUUUGACAUCAGUUUGACCUGUGGUAACAGUGAGGAGAAAGAUGAUGAAGAGCUCACUGAUGUGGCCCUUCAACUCCGCGCACGAUUCACCGAAAGGCAGUUCCUGAGGAAUGCACGGGUUUCUGGGAAAUGGAGUGAGGAAGAGGCACCCAUAGCUUACUUCCCCUUCAUCCCGGACCAGCCUUUUAGGAUUGAGAUCCAUUGUGAGCACCAGCGUUUUAGGAUCUUUGUGGAUGGACACCAGCUCUUUGACUUUUAUCACAAAGUAAAGUCUUUGCCGGCCAUUAAUAUGAUCCGGAUAGUUGGGAGUCUUCAGAUCACCAAGCUGGGCUAACCAAGCACACCUGCGCACACGCCAGAAAGGACUUCUCACAGGUGACCAUCUGCACCUGUGCGUUUGCCGCAGCUCUCACAAAGACAUCAACAACAUCUGCAUUUUCACUUUUCUUUUGCCCUCCAACCUAGAAUUGUAAUGAUUUCUGAGUAUUGUAUCAUAACCGGUUGGUGAAUGGUUGCAAUAUCAGAUGUGUGUUUUCCAGUGUCUUUGUGUCACAUUGUAGCUUAUUUGUUUAGCUUCAGUCAUUUUUCAGGGAUUGCUCACUUUGAUAUGCACUCUGUGGCAGUAACAUACGCCACUGGGAUUUAGCUGCUCUCCAUAGACACUGCCAAUGUACUUCUGCUUGUAGUCUAGCAGUGUAGUUUCAAAAUGAUCCAAAACUCAGGAAAUCAGAUAAAGUUAAUUUUACUUCAUUUCAUUCUGAUGACAAAUUAGCUUUAAAUUAUUAUUAGAUACUCUGAAAUGCUUUGGCUCUAAGAUCUCAGAUUCAGCAUUUGCCGUUCCACCUGGGUUUUAUUUGCAUUAUUUAAUCUUAAUAAUUAAAAUAUUUUGGAAGGAAGAUGUUAUUUUAUAUCCAAAUUGUGUAGCAGGGUUUAUGGUAGACUUCUAAAUGGCGCACAUUUCCUUUCCUGUGUCUGUUCAUUGCAACUAUUCAUUUUUGGGAAAUAUAUAUGUUACACUGAAAUUUUGUUGAGCGUAGGGCUGCCCCCUAAUAGUCGACUAACCAUUAGUCAACAAGAAGAGGCUUAGUCUAUCAAAAAUGUAUUAAUCGCUUAGUCGCAGGAAAGAAAAAAAAAAUCCACAGGAAGUGGUGAAGUUACGUAGUGGCGUGGCGGACAGAUUAUUAACAGCUGGUCUAUGUCGUAAUUACAGUACAUCAAGACAUCAAAAUGUUUGUUUCGUUCAUCAACCUCAAAUGUGGCUUAUCUAAAACAUGCAAGUAGUAGCAACAUGGCUGCUUGCUCUAACGUUAACCCAGAAAAAUGUGUGCUAUUCAAGUGUUUGUGGCGUGUGGAAGCUGAAUAGUAGUGCGCUCACUGCAUGACAGUUAACUUGGAGGCACCAGUGCGAUCAUUUGCAUUUAACUUAAUACUGUCAUUUUUGCUCUUAGCCUCUUACAGAGCAAUACAUCUUUUGAAUUUGUAAAAGGUUUACUUGUAUUUGUGUGCAGUGCACUCACAAUAACAACAAAACGUUGUGCUUUUGUAAAAUAAUGAA